AGAAUGGUAAAUAUUGUAGAUUACUUCGUAUCGGAUUAUCCUAAACCAAGGUUCACCGGUCGAUCUCGCACAUUUUUGCGUUCUUCCUGGGCUUAACGACAGGUAGCCAAUGACGGGAUCAAACAAGGGGGGCGGGCGACUCCCUCCGAACCGAUAAAGUGGUUAUCUGUUUCCUUUUUUUUUUGUUCAGCCCUCCUGUUGUUCCCUUCUUCUCGCCGCUCGGUCUCAAGGCUCAGGAGGUGCCGCCGCUGAAAAAUGCGUGGAUGUUUCAUCGUGUCGGUUCGAGGAAAGAAUGUGUUCGUUGGGGCCGUUACAGAUGGUCAGAUAUGAUGGAGCCAGCUCCCCUUAGCCGCCAGCCAAGUGGAGCAAUUAGAACGUUUUCUAACUCAAACGCACCAUUCUUGCACCGAACCCUGCUGCUAGUCCGAGUUCGCAAGGCGGCAAUUCCCAUGUGGAGCACUGGAGAAGCGUCUGUAGUCUGUAGUAUACAGUCGUUACCUGUCUUUCGAGCUCCCUGCAGCGGCCCUGCCUGCAUACGGGGUACGGGCGUGGUGUUCCUUGCAGUAGACAUCUCAGGGGUCAAGGCCAUCACUGCAUUGCACAGGCAAGAAGCGGUCAAUGGUGGCUGGGAUGACGGACCCCUCAGUAUGCACUGGGAACGGGAUCAACGUGUAGUCGUCAGUGAGCUCGAGAGGAGGAGGGGGAGGAGGAGGAGGUGCAAAUCUGGAGGCGAGACGCACAGGUCAGGAGGCGGAAGCUCGGUGGCUUCCCAAUCGGGUAAGGCAUAUCUCCUUGCCGCUGACCAGCGCUCGAUAAAGUCGCCCGCAAGUCUGUUUCGUCUUUGCCCACCACCAGUUCUUUUUAUAGAUGCUAGGAACGGUGGGUGUCGGCUUCUCUUUUCAUGGGUUCCAGCCCCCUCUCCAGCCGUUUGAAAUGGAGAAGAUUGGCUGAGGUAUUUUCGGGCACCUUGCUACCAGCCCACUCCGCGACAAGAUGGGGUUGCUAGCCUCCCUCUUAGCUGGACACCAACGCCCAUGUUCACCCGACCGUUCUCGAGAGAGACAAAGAAAACCCCCGGUAGCUGGGGGGAGGGGGGAGG